UUGUGGGGAGCGCAGAGCCGGCGGGGAUGUCACCGUAGAUGUCUGUGUGUCUGCGCGCGUGUAGAGAUCUAUCUAUCUAUCUAUCUAUCUAUCUAUAUGUAUAUACAGAGAGAUACGGAGCGUAACACCACGUUUCUUAAAAUCUCGUGCAGGAGUGGAAAUUAAAUAACCAACUCGCGGGGGAUCAUAAAAGGCUUCGGUGGGAGCGGGGCGAGUCCGCACCGCGCAGGUGAAGCAGAGACCUCUCCGAGAUGUCAGGUAUUAGUCCGGAGGGGCAGAUCUGCGAGCCACACAGCAGCUCCCGGGUCUACGGUACAUUAGCCUCUCCGUGGGAGAGGGAUCCCAGACAGCUCUGCUGGGGAGCCAGCCCAGGAGAUUUGUUAGCGGGCUGCUCCGGGGGAUACCAGCCACCUCCGGCACCCGAGCGCCAAAGGUGCUUGUGUUGCUGCUGCUGCUGCUGCUGGCGCAUUUCAUCCAAACUCCAGCCAGAGCGGGGGCAAGUUGAACCGGAGACAUUAGAGCCACUGUGCUUUGGAGAGACGAGGGCGCACGGGGAGCGCAGCAGCACCAUGCCUGCUAUCAAGAAGGAGCGACUUGACAGGGAAGAGAUGGCCCUGGCAGCUUUUAACCAGCCCAUGGAAACCUUACCUGACUAUCUCGCCCCUCUGGCCGCCGCUGCCAUUCCGGUGGUCACCCCGCACCCGCCGGCUUACGACCAGAUCUUUGCCCACCGCGCGUACCUGGGCUUCCACGAGACCCACCACCCCCACCCGCACCACCCGCACCACCCCCACCACCUCCCCGAGGACCUGAUGCUGGAGAGGUUUUCCUCCAUCCCGGAUUUCCAGCCCUUCUUUGACAACGGAGAGCCUUGCAUCGAGGUGGAGUGCGGGGAGAACAAGGCGCUGCUCUACAUCAAUAAGUUGUGCCAGGGGAGCAAAGGACCCUCUAUCCGGUACCGGGGAGAGUGGCUCACCCCCAACGAGUUCCAGUUUGUCAGCGGCAGGGAGACGGCCAAGGACUGGAAGCGCAGCAUCAGGCACAAAGGGAAAAGUUUGAAGACUCUUAUGUCCAAAGGAAUCUUACAGGUACAUCCUCCAAUCUGUGAUUGCCCUGGGUGUCGAAUUUCGUCUCCAGUGAACCGGGGCCGCCUGGCAGAGAAGAGGACGAUCCCUUUACCUCCCACCAGGAUCCCGAAGAAAGAGCUCCCCUCGAUUUUCUCCCACAGCGACGACAGCGAGGAGAGCGACAAGAGCAAUGGUCAGCACCCCGAAGUAAAGCAGGAGGAGGAUCUCCACAUCAGUAUCAUGAAAAGAAGGAUACACACCCACUGGGAUUUAAACAUCUCCUUCCGAGAGACCUCUUGCAGCCGCGAUAACGACCUUUCCACUAUCAUCUCCAACCUGCACCAGAGCCGCCAGCUCGUUAUGCCAGAGACCCAGAGCCGCUGUGAAUUCAAGAGAAACAGCAUCGAGGUUGGCCUGGGAGCAGCAGAUGAAAUUUUAGGCAAGAGAAGAGUAUGUUCUCCCAACAGCAGCAGUGAGUGUCCUUUAGAAAGCAAGAAAGCCAGAAGUGAGUCCCCAAAGGAAAACUCCCACACGCCUCUGCUGGAGGACUCGGUGACUCAGAUGACCCCGGAGGAGCACUACAGACGCAUGAUGUCAGCACUGAACGAGCAUGGCACCUUUGAAGAGCAGCAGCAGCAACGUCUCUACCAGCUGGCCAACAGCAUGGCAGUGCCCAGCCACGGAGAUCUCCUGCGGGCGCGGCAAGAGGUGGCAGCGGCGGCGGCGGCGCGGAACCCCGGCGCGAUGGAAGCGCACAUCCCCUCGGCCAGCAACUCUUCCAGCCAGCGGAGGAAGCAGGGCCUCCCCCAGCACAGGGACACCCACUUCCCCGAGAGGGAGAUCUCCCACCCACCGCCUCUGCUCUCGCCCCAGAACGCUCCCCACAUUGCCCUGGGGCCCCACUUGAGACCUCCCUUCCUCGGGGUGCCUUCGGCGCUGUGCCAGACGCCAGGUUACGGGUUCCUCCAGCCGGCACAAGCGGAGAUGUUUGCACGGCAGCAGGAGAUGCUACGAAAGCAAAACCUGGCCAGGCUGGAGAUGUCGGCCGAGAUCAUCCGCCAGAAGGAGCUGGAGAACCUCCACCGCCAGAGGCUGCUGGCCGGCGACCCCCUGAGCCUGCACCCGGGGCUGCCCCCGGACCACCCGGCCCUGCGCAACGUGCACGACAUCCCCGAGGGCCACCCGCUGCGGGAGGAGCUGUCCCGGCGGAACGCCAUGCUGGUGCUGCGGCACAACAACACCCCGCUGCUGUCCCUCAACCCCGCCGUGCCCGGCGCCAGCUCCUCCACGCCGCCCAAGGAGCAGCCCCGGCGGGGCAGCCGGAAAACCGCGGGGCAGCAGCGCGCCGAGCCGCAGGGCCUGGGCGAGGCCAAGGAGCCGGCGGAGCCGCGGGCGCGGGACGGGGCCCCGGACUGUAACGACGAGGAGAUGAAGGACUCGGAGAGCGACGCGGACGUGAGCGACGAGAAGCCCGAGAGCCUGAAGGCCGAGGGCGGCGGCGGCUCGGCCGCGGAGCUCAAGGAGUGCAAGGAGGCGGGCAAGGCGUGCGAGGGGGCCAAGGAGAUGGGCGAGGCGGGCGCUGCCCAGAAUGCCCCCUGCAGCUCCUCGAGCGCGGAGUCCCCCAGCCACCUGCUCGGCCCGGGCAUCAACAAGGCCGAGGUGAAGUACCUCCCGCCGGCCUCCAUCCCGCCGCCUCAGCCGCUGCCCUUCGGGUUCCCCUACACCAUGAGCCCCUACUUCCAUGCAGGCACCAUGGGAGGUCUGUUUCUGGAUGGUGAGGAGAGCCCUGCGCUGGAAGACAUCAGCAAAUGGACGGUGGAGGAUGUUUGCAGCUUCGUGUCCAACUUGUCUGGCUGCACCGAGUACACUCAGGUAUUCCGAGAGCAGGCCAUUGAUGGAGAGACCCUGCCCCUCCUGACAGAAGAGCACUUACUGAACAACAUGGGGCUGAAACUCGGACCUGCCCUGAAGAUAAGGUCACAGGUGGCCAAGCGAGUGGGCAGAGUGCUGUACAUGGCAGGCUUCCCCAUGGCUUUCCCCCUGCAGCCCCCUGGGCUGAGGCCCCCCGAGCGGGAUGUGCCGGCGGCCGAGCUCCGGCCGGCGUCCACGGGCAGCGUGGCCUCUCCCUUCGGGAGCGGGGUCCCUUCCUCUGCCAGCCGGGGCUCCCCAAAGCAGGAAAACGGGAACCCUUCCCUCCUCCCCGGGCUCAACGACACCACGAAACCUCCGUCCUAACUGUGGGAUGCCCUCCAUCCAGCUGCUUCUGGGACUUUGGGGAUCCAGCGGGACGAGCCGAAGGAUAACGCCGGAGCCUCCCCCCCGCCCGCAGCGCGAGACGCAGGAGUGAGGGAGGAAAAGGGAGGUUUUCAUUUGGUUUUUCGGGUUUUUUUGGGACGAAUUUGCUUUUUUUUUUUUUUUUUUUGUUUGGGAAAAUCAUAAAAAAAAAAAACCACAGAAGAUUUCAAAAAAAAAAAAAGGGAAGGAAAGAAAAUGAUCCAAAGAUGUCCUGAGCCAACGCGAGUGAAGAGAAGGAUUCUGGAGGAUGGCUGCAGCAUUCCUGUUCCCUUUCUCGCCCAGAGAUGGAGAGCCCUGGACAGGGAAUGAACGCUGUUCUUUGCCUUCAAAGAAUCCUGGCUGUCAGGAACUCCUGGGUGUGACUCCAAGCAGGGAAGGGGAAGGGGCUCCGCUCCUCCCAAUGGUACUCAGCACCCCUGAGAGCAAAGAAAAAAAAAAAAACAAACCAUAAAAAAAAAAAAAUCAUCACACCAACCACCUUCCCAGAUCUCUCCUCCUCCCUGGAAACUGUGCUCAGUUCCUCAUUCAGGUGUCUAUGCAUCUCUAGCGACUUUGAAAACAAUACCAAAGACAGACAAAAAAGGAAAAAUUAAAAAAAAAAAAAUAAAAAAAAAAGAGGAAUUUAAAAAAAAAAAAAGAAAAAGGAAAAAAAAAAAAAGGCAAGUUCCCGUCCAUGUUUACUUCGUGCGGAUGGUACGGCACCGGCGGCUCCGUGCUGGCCCCUUCCCUGGCACAGGGCCCUGUCAGCACACAGGAGAAUGGACUCUGCCUGUGCUCCAGCCCUACAGAGGUGUUCUUUUAUUUUUUUUUUCCCCCAUUAGAUGUCUCGUUUCAAAGAAAAGAAGAAGAAGAAGAAGGAAACGUGUGCUUGGGUGGGAUGAAGGCUCACAGCCUCCCUCCUCACGUGUCCAACAGACUCAGUUCUACAUCUGGGGUGGGGUUGAUUGAUUUUUUUUUUAUUUUUUUUUUUUGUUCCUAGGGUUGGUUUUUGUUCUUCUUUAAAGCCUUGUUACAGAGGUGGAUGUAGUUGCACAUUCUGGCCUGCUGUGGACCAUGAGACAGAUCCCUGGGAGGGGGAGGGAUGCUGGGGGCUAAAAAACAAUGGGCAGAGUUUUUACUACUGUGAAUGAGCUGGGAACUCCUGGGGGUGACCUCCUGUGACUUGUACAGUUGUGAACAACAAUCACAUGUGGUACUUUUCUCUCUCUCUCUCCCCUGCCCCCUUUUUUUUGUUUGUUUGUUUUUUGGUUAAACGUUGCACGUGCUACCGUUUUUUUUCUUACAAAAUAGCUUGGUGGUACAUUAGCUUCUUUAUAUUGUAAAAAAAAAAAGUUUAAAAAAAAAAAAAGUCAUUAUGCAUCACAUCACGAUAAAAAAAAAUGCUUUCCAGCAAUCAGUUUAAAUAAAAAAAGGAAAACACUUAAUUUACAAAUGGUA